AACAGACACGGGCGCGCUCUUCGGAGCUGUCGGAGCAAAAAGACAUCUCUGAGGUGUUCCCGGCAGCCUCAGGAGUCCUGCGGAGGGGACACGGGAGCCCUGCUGUGCCCUUUGGACACCCGAAACGCGGCAGAUAAGGCUUUCUGAGGCCCGCGGGAGCUUAUCGGCGAGGUUUCGCUGGUGGCUGCACGUGUUCCUCUGCAUUUGGUUUUACUUUUACUCCCUCCCGGCCAAACGGCCCCGUGUGGGAAAAAAAACCCUGAGAAGAAGGAAGGGGGGAAAAAAUGAAAAGAACGUAAAAAAAAAGGAAUAACGGGUUGUGUUUAUUCCACCCGCUGCUUUCCCAGCUGUGGGGUUUCGGAAUUACUGGCUGCAUGUGUUGGGGUUCUCCCAGGCGUCUCCCUCAGCUCUGAUUCCCGCGUGUCCCUCUCGUCCCCCGCUGGCUGCAAGAGGGAUAGUCCCAGAGGGAAAAAGCUGAUGGUGACAGCAAAAGCAGAGCUGUUUUCCUGGGGUGGCGCAGGUGUGGGGAUGGCACAGGCCGGACAAAGUCCCAGUGGGCUUCAUGGAAAGAGGGAGCCCAUGGGUGCCGUCACGCUAAUUUGGUUAAUGAGCUCAACGCUGUCAGACAGUGCAUGUGCCUGGCUCCGGCCGCUGCUGGGGGAUGACUCGUCCUGCUCUGCAUCCCUCCAGCAAGAAUUGAAGUCGGAGCUGGGUGAAGCAGGGCGAUUGCAUCGUGCCCGGUGGCGUCACCCGAUCCCGCGGUGACAGCGGGGCCGGUGUCACAAUAUCCCCACGCUGGGGAGUUGUGGAUCCCCGGGGCUUCGGGGAAAGGGGAAGAAGCAGCGGGGAAACGUCGGGACUCAGGAGAUCCUGGAUUUCUGUCACAGCCGAGAAGGGAUCCCAUGCCUGCAUCCCCCUCCCUUGCAGCAUCUCGCAGGGAGAUGGAUUAAAACACCACCCUCCCAAGAGAUCCCUUUUGGAAGGAAAAUAACCCAGUGUGGGGUUUUCUUCAAGCUUUCUUCGGUUUGAAGGGAGCUGUUUUCCCUGGAUCUAAGUGCUGGCAAAUUUAAUUGGUACUGCAUGUCUUGGCAAUGACCCCAAGGACCUAUCCUGAGGAUAAAGCUGUUGGAAAUUAUGUGGGGGAGCUUCUUCCAAGGGUGCAAGCAGGAAGGGGAGCACCGAGCCUCCCAUGAGGGCUUCCACAGGAUUCCAGGGAAGCAGUGUCCUUCCUGGGAAGCGAUAAAUUGUUGAAGGUUGCAUGAAAAACCCACCGGGAAGGCUCAGUGGGGGGUGCAGCCUCAGUUGUGCUGUUUUGGGGUGAGCUGGGACUGGGGAGAGGCAGCUCGUGCUCCGGUCCCCUCCCGGCAGAGCUGCAGCAGCACCACCGGCUCACUCCCUUAUCUCUCCCCACAAGUCUCCCCCAUAUCUGCUCUGUUUCCCCUGCUGUUGAUGUGGCUUUUAUCUUAUCUCCAUGUGCUCUUCCUCCAUUUCCUCCUUGGCUGCUCUGCUAGCGCUGCCGCAAAAGGAAAAAGAAAACCAACAUGGAGGAGAUCCUACUGCAGGGAGUCCGUCCCUGGCCUGGGGGUUGCUGGGCCGUGCUGGGAGACACUGGGUAACACUUGGCCACGCUGGGAGUGUCCUGAGUGAUGCUCUGGUGUGUCCUGGGGCUGCUUGGGUGAUGUACAGGACGCUCAGGUGAUGCUGAGGGGAUACUGGUUGAUGGUGCAGCGGUGCUCUCGGGGCCCAGGUGAUGCUCAGGUGUCUCAGUGGGAUGCUCAGGAGAUGCUGGGUGAGGCCAGCUGAUAUUGAGAGAAAACUCAGGAUUCUCAGGGAUGCAGGACUGUGCUGGGACAGGCUGCCAGCUCCACCUGCUGGCACCCACCACCUGUCACUGUGGGCCAGCAGUCACCCCACAGCAGCCCCAAACCAGAAGGCACCCUAAGGGAGCGGGUGAGCUGCUGCCUUGGGGCAAAAACCUCAAAUUACUUUAAAAGGUGAAGCCGGGGAUGUGAAUUUUGGGCACUCUCUGUGUCUGCUGGCUCCUCACCUGAGCUGACCCAGCUUUGCUCCCUGCUACCUGCAACAGACGCUCAUGAAGGCUUUGGAACCAAAGCAGCCAGAGCUUCCCAGGGCUUUUCCAAGGAGACACAUGGAGGAAUGCCCAGCCAGCCUCCCAGGACUCCCUCCACUGGCGGGGAGGAUUGGAUCCUGUGGAAAGGGGAGAUCCCUAUGCAAUUAAGGCCCUCACGACUGGCCACGCUGUAGGAAGUGUACAAAAGACUGUGUGUCUCCAAUUAAUGCCCACACAAUUAUCGGACCUGCAGUGGCAUUCCCCUGUGGAAAUGGAGGCCGUUCUGCAGAGAUUCCCCGUCUUGAUCCGAGGCCUGCCUGAUGCACCACAAAUUCAUGCUAAGAUUAUCAGUUUAUUUUUAGUUGUUUUGUUUGUAUCAAAAGUAACUCGCUGGAAGGCUAAAUUUUAGUCAAACAAUUUUUUUAUAUUGUUAGCUUGAUUUUUGCUAAGUUUAUUUUGUCUUUUCACUGGGAAAAAAUUAUGUGGGAAAAGCGUUUUAUCUUACGGAAGUAUAAUUUUAUCUCAGCCAAACUCGGCCUGGGAGUUAGUACAAGGAUUUAUGCGUAUUUAAAACAAAAAAAGGUGUGUACUAACCUUCCGUGUUCUGCCUCGGAAGGCUUUAAAUUUAUGAUGACCGGGCUAAGUUUUUCAGAGAUAUUAACAGGAGAACUGAGUAAUCUGGGCAAAGUAAUAGAAAACGUCACAUGACCUUCUGUGCCAUUAUAUGUAAAUCGCCACCAUCGGAGAAGAUUUGGAGCGAGCAGCAGCAGAAGAGAGCUGAUGGAAUGUUUGAGUCACGGGGGCGGUGGUUAAUGACUCGAACAAUCGGCCGCUCGCAGCAGCUGCCCAGGUGCACACCCAUCGGAGGGUACCGCUGUCUGUUGGACCAGAUAAGGGAAGAGGCUGAUAAGAGACAGAUCUGCCAAGUGGCAUAAUGCUUUUUGAUCCUGCCGCCUACACGAGUGGUCAGCUGUGAAAACUCCCCUUACCAGGACACUCACAGUUGGCCUGGCCUCUGAUGGCCUGUUAAUUGGCCUCUCAACUACACUGACGUGUCUUAAAAGGUGUCACAGGCAAACAAAGAACUCCGAGGUGUCCCGUGAUCCACAGCAUUACAUCAUCCAGUGUAAAAUUCUCUGCCCCAGGGGAGGUACCUGGGCGUUCCCACCAGCCGGGGUGUAUAUUAACCCAUGGAACUUGGUGUUUCCUGGGCUUCCCUCACCCCAAAGAGAUCGACGCAGCUGCCAUCACAGUGGAAUUGCAACGAGCCACUCGCGUUGGAAGAUCCACGGGUGGAAGGCCAGCUCACCUCUCCCGUGGGGACAUCGGCAGCAGCAUAUAAAUGGCCUCAAAACGGUACUUGCAGCCUGCGGACCCUGUGAUUUUCAACAAGCUACCUCAUCUGGAUCCCGCUGCCAGCUUCCUGCCCAGCAAAAUCUCAGGCAGAUCCAGCUCCGUGCCCCACCCUGGCUCUGAAAACCAUUUCAGCUACAAGGGCUCCUACUUUGCCUGCCCGCUGCAGAGCCCCGAGGGUCCCGAGCAGCCCCCGCCUCACUGGAGCCCCGCGCCCACCUACCUGCACCACGGCCCCGGUGCCAUGAGCCAGCCCGUGCCGGCCGAGGGGCCACUGCUGGGCUUCCUGCUGCACUCGUCGGAGAGCCUGGGCGCCAGGCUGCAGCCCCCAGAUGCCCUGAAGAGCAAGGACAGCCUGAGCCAGGAGCAGCUGAUGGCCAGGAAGAAGCUGGACAGCCCAAGGUGCCCCUUGCCGGUGAGGAAGCCGGUGCUGGUGAACAAGGCAGCCCCGCUGGCAGUCCCCAAGCCGGUGUACGGAGCCCCCGCCUCCUUCCUGGCUCCCAGGAUGGCUCUGCUACUGGGGACACGAGCGGACAGCCUGCAGCAGCGACCAGGGGAGGCAAACUGGGCUUUGCCCCCCACCACCCACCCUCUCCACCCUGGUGAGCCCCACAACAGGGGUCCCUGCUCCGACCACAGCCUCCCGCCGCUGUCCUCCAGCCUGGCGCUGCCUUCCAAGGAGCAGCUGGCCUCCCCCGUUGCCUUACCCACCUACUAUGCCACCUUUGAUAAGUACGGGCCACCUCCCGGCACCUCGUUCCUGGAAGCAAGAUGUCCCACUCCCCAGAGCCAGAAGAAGGUGCCGGAGGUCUCCAGCCUCAGCCCAGACCCCUGGCCCAAGCUCCAGCCACCUGAGGCCAGCCCAGUGAACCGGGAGAGGUCGGCAGUGUGCUACCCGCCCUCGCCCUACCCACUGUCACCCCGCAGAGCUGGCCCGCUCUGCCACCCGCCAGCUCCCACCGCUGGGGAGCCCAGUGCCCUGCCUGGCUUUGGCUAUGUGGGAAGCAGGGAGCUCUUUCCCAGCACCUACCUCAAGGCCCAAGCCCCAAGGGGUUACUUUCCCAGCCCCUUGGACCCCUACGUGCCGAGGACAGCGGGUGCCAGGUUGGGGGCAGUGCUGAGGGAUGCUGAGCCACCAAGGGAUGCCGAGCUGCUCAGGAACACCGGGUACCCAGGUUUUGCCGUCAGCCCGGGCGAUGCAUCCGUGUUCCGCGCCUCCUUUCCCGGCGCAGAGCCGGGGUGUGAGCAGCACAGGGCGGACAGUCCGCAGUGGCGAGUGGCAUCGAGGCACAGCAGCGCUUUCCAACCUGUCUGCACCUCAGAGAAGCUUCCUGGGGGCUGCGCUGGGCUCGCUGAGACAUUUCCCAAGAGAGAAGGGACCUGGGAGAAACCCAGGCAAGGGGAGGAGGAGCCCCUGUACCCAGGGAGGAGGAGCAGCAGCCCGGCCCCUCAGGACACCCCCCGUGUGGGACCAGGCAAAGGAAAUGCCUGCAAGGUCAAGGAUCCAGCCAAGGAGCUCAUCUGCCCUUCUCCGUCCGUGACCCCCACAAAGGGGCUGGAAGACCAGAGGGACACCAAGGCUUUUUCAUCCUCUCCACCGAUGCCAGUGAUCCACAAUGUCUUCAGCCUGGCACCUUACCAGGAGUACCUGGAGAGGGCCAAGGGCUCAGACCCCGUCCUCUUCUGCAGGAAGCAUCUGUGGGAGGACUCCCCGUCCCAAAACAUGGCUGGCAGCCAGGAGCCUGCUGCCCGCAGAGAACUCUCGGUGGUGUCCAGCAGUGAUGCAGUGCAGAGCCAAGGGGAGAGCUGUUACAGGAGUGUCCCUAAAAAGCCAAAGCCUGUGCCCCAAGAGUUGGAGUCUCAGGAGGGCAGCCCUGAUGGGAUGGGCACUGAAGAGCUUCCCUCUGAGGACAUGGUGCUGGACCUUAGCUUGAAGAAAGAGCUGGUGGAAGCUGGGGAGACCCAGAGACCCACUGGCUGUGCAGAGAGGACACUGGACCGAGAGGAUAAGGAGGAGGAGAAAGAGGCUGAAGAGGGGAAGGUGGGGUUGGGAGAGGGUGUGCAGCCCCGGCUGCCUGAGGUGGACUCUGGGGAAAGGAGCAGCUUUCAGAGCUCAGCCACCUUCAUGUUCCAAAAAUACAAGCUCCCACCCUCCCUCCUGCCCAGCAGCGAGCCCCCUCGGCAGGAUGGCAGCCCCCACCCCCCCCAGCGCAGCCCUCCCAGCAGCACCCCCACGCCGACUCACCCAGCCUCCUCCCCAGCCAGCAGCCCCCUGGUCCCACCACCUGGCCCCCAGCCCAGCACCAUCGUAGGCCCAAACCCUCCCCAGACCCUUCUUCCCACAGCCCCCUCCACCCUGGGGGAGGAGAAGGUCUCAGUGGUCAGGCAGGUUGGUGGUGUCCCCGCACAGACCCCCUCGGGGCAGUACUUCACCACCCUGCACACCUGCCUCUGUGACACGAUCUCAGGCUCAGUGUCCCGCUCCUCCCCGGAGCUCCUGCAGCAGUGGCUGAAGAAGGCUGAGCCGGCAGAAGAGCUGGGAGAGAUGCCCAAAUCCUGGCCCAAGCCCAAAAAUGGCUCCAAGGUUCCCAAUCCUCAGAAGCCCACCAACGGCAAGGAGAUCUGGCUGGCUUUCCAGGACGUGGCCGUGCUCCUCGCCAACCUGCUCUCCCAGCUGGAGGCCUUCAUGUUCGCUUGCCCUUUCCCCCACGUUGUCCGGGCGGGAGCCAUCUUCAUCCCCAUCCAUGUGGUGAAGGAGAAGCUCUUCCCAAAGCUCCCCGGGAGCUUCGUGGACCAAGUGCUGCAGAAACACAAGGUGGAGCUGCGUCCCACCACCCUCUCGGAGGAGAAGCACCUGAGGGACCUGGAGCUGAAGAGCUGCACCUCCCGCAUGCUGAAGCUCCUGGCACUCAAGCAGCUUCCCGAAAUCUACCCCGACCUGCUCAACCUCCACUGGCACAACUCCAUCCAGCAGCAGCUCGGUAGCCCUGGCGUGGAGGCACUGAAAGCUGGUGGCAAAGCGACAGCCACAGAUAGAUCAAGAAAAAGGAGGCACUGAGGAACAUGCCAGGGACAAUGACUGGAAUGGGAAGGUCCCUCGUCCCAGAGCCAUGGAUGCCGAGACCACCAGCAGCCCUGCAGGCAGAUGCUCGGCUCCCACCAGCAUCAGGGAUCCUCCAGGAUGCUGAUACCUUGCCAGGGGCCCUCUGAGGAUGCUGCUCAGGGUGGAGAACAGCUCAGUGGUGCUCCAGGGACACACUCGGAUGCUGGUGGGUUAUCCGGGCCCACGGGGAUGGGCUCGAGCCCCUCACGGCAGCUGGAGCUGCUUUUCUUUGAAUGGAUUGUCUUUUAGUGCAUCUCCCACCUCCAUCUGUGACUGCCCUGGUGAGCUGUGAGGGAAUGGCUGGAGUUCCAGUGGAGCUGGAGCAAGAGGAGCAUGGAAAUGGCCACAGCACCGUCCACAGCCUUGGAGAAAGGGGACUGCAGGGAUGACACCCCACCUCCUCUGUCCUCUAAAUCCCCUCUCCUGCUUUAUCCACGCCAUUCCCUGGAUAAACAUCACCUUCCUCUGGGAUUUUCACCUUUAAAGUGUUACAAAGACCUGGCACAACAUCAAGGGCAAGGGAAUUGUGACUUCCAUAGUCCCAGGACUAAGGGGUUUUUUUUGUUUAAAAUGAAGACAUUUUACAAAUGUUAUGGAUUUACCUUUAUAACGAGCUGCUGCCUUCAGGUCAUGUGUUUUGGGUUGUUUUUUCUUGCAAUACAGUAAUUUAUACCUGUC